AUGCAUGGUAACCAAACUUUAGUAAAAGGUUUUAUUCUCUCAGGUUUCUCCCUUGAUAGAAGCACUCAGCUGUUUUUAUUUGUCUUCUUUCUAAUCAUUUAUUCUAUGACUUUACUGUCGAACCUGCUUAUUAUCACCCUGGUGACAUCUCAGAGGUCACUUCACAAGCCUAUGUACUUUUUCAUUGGAAAUUUUUCUUUCCUCGAAAUGUGGUACACAACUGUUACUGUCCCGCGGAUGCUAACAGACUUAGGCACGGGAAACAAAACUAUCUCCGCCAGAGACUGCAUUUCCCAGUUCUACUUUUUGUUCUUCCUUGGAGCCACACAACAUUUUCUAUUGACAGUAAUGGCCUAUGAUCGAUUCUUGGCCAUCUGUUACCCACUACGCUAUACCACCCUAAUGAGUAGAUCUAUUUGUGGAAAGCUUGCAGCUAUAUCUUGGUUUGCUGGCUGCUUAUCCAUCUCUUUGCCUGCUGUUAUGAUGACACGGUUAGUGUUCUGUGGUCCAAACACAAUAGACCACUUUUUCUGUGACUUCAGUCCUCUACUUCAGUUGUCCUGUACAGACACUUGGCUGAAUGAAAUAAUCUUUUCUGCAGUAGCUUGGACUGUUAUUCUUGGAUGCUUCACCUUCACUUUUAUGUCCUAUAUUUCAGUGGUCACUACUAUCUUAAGGAUACCAUCUUCUCUUGGACGCCAAAAGGCAUUUUCCACUUGUGCAUCUCAUCUUGUUGUUGUUGGCAUAUUUUUUGGGACAGUUAUCUUUAUGUAUAUACGUCCAAAAGCAAAGAAUUCUUCCCCAGUUGACAAAGUGGUGUCUGUAUUUUAUUCUGUUAUUGUUCCCCUUCUAAACCCUAUGAUCUACAGCUUGCGAAAUAAGGAAAUAAAAAAUGCACUGUUGAGAGCUAUAUCCAAGUUAAAAGGAAAACAACAUAUAUAA